AUGGCGGGCCGCCUCGAACAGGUCGUGAUCGACUACUUGGAGGAGGCACAGUAUGAAAAGGCGCUCGCUCUUCUCGACGAGUCGUUUGCAAGCGACGCGCUCCCGACACGGCUAACAGCGAUGCUGCUUGCGCUGAGUCUGUGCAGCAUACCGCAAAGGGCGCCGCAAGCCACACUCCUGCACAGUGCCGAGCAGCUGCGGCCGUCCGCAAAGGCGAUAUACACUGCGAGCGCGCUGCUGCAGCGGUACACGACCAUACCUAAAGUCAUGGCACUGGACCAUGUGCCUGGGCCGCUGUACAGCGCGGUGCACAAGACCGUGCUUGGCGACUGGGCGCGCGCAUCGACGCAGCCCAAGCUCGCUUGGUCGCCACUUGCAUUCUGGGCGACGCAGGCGAACUUGUACGCGUUUGCGGAUAUAUGGCACUUGCUUCGCCACGCGCCAUGGCCGUACGCACAAGUCUAUACCAAUAUACCCCUCCAAAGGACCGAGUUCUGGAUGGGACCCCUGGAAGAGAAAAUCAUCUGCGCCGCACAAUCGCGCGGAGUGGACGACCGCGAGGGCGACGCGGAAACCUUGCAGCACGGGGCGCUUACCGAGGCGGCAUGGCGUACGCUGCGCGUGUUGGUACAUAGUUGGGAACACCAUGCACGCGAACGUGCAAUCGAGCCGCUGGUCGAGCUUCUGUGCGGCACCGAUCCCAGUACAGGACUGGGCGAAGCAGUCAAGCCCGUGUCUCUAUUUCCUUACGAGCGCCUCUCGAUCGAUCACGCGCGCGCCGAACUCGAGGCACAAGGGCCUUUGUACAUACCCACGCGGCGUAUACAGCCGCUAGAAAUGAUGGAGCGCGCCAAUACAGCAGCGCGCUUGCUGAACCUGCUCGCUGAACUCGCGCUGCAAGGCGGCCUGGAUCGCGAUUUGCUGCGGCGCUGUGCGCGCAAAAAUAUGGCACAGCUCGCGCACGAUGAGCUGGAAAGUUUGUGCUAUGCUAUGGGGCCCAAACACGCACUGCCGUUCCAAGAUGCCAUUGGUGCAUACGUCACAGUGAUGCAGGGGGGGAAAGACGGCGAUUUUCUGUACCCAUUCUCGCGCCGCACCACCGCAGACGUUGCUUCCUUGCUACACACACUUACUACUCCGUUUACGCCCGCAACGCGCGACCUGCACGCGCUCCGAGCAUGGUUCCGUAUCGUGUUUCUCAAAUACUACCUUCUCGCACAGUGGAUCCAGCUGGGCAUGGACUGCAACACGACCACGUGGGCAUUCUUGCAGGCGCAUAUUGCCGAAUUGCAGCAGGCGCUCGAGGAAACGCAAAACGAGGAGCGCACGGGCAUGCUCGCAUCGUUACAGAGCAUGGCGGAUACGGUGUGGGCAUCGUACGAGCGUCGUUAG